AUGCAUUUGUCCAAGAUCCUCACCACCGCCGCCGCCCUCUGCAUUCAAGGCAGCCUUGCAGUCAAUGUCUUGACCUACAGCGGUCGUGACUGCACAGGCACAGUCCAGGACGUCAAGGUCGACAACAAUGCAGCCUGCUCUACCAAAACCCAAGCCUUCCAGUCUUACAAGGAAAAUGGAUGGGGAAAGAGUAACGGGCAGAGAAUUGCAUUCUACAGCCAGCCCAGCUGCAGUGCGAACUCAUUUCUCUACGACACAUACUCCUACGAUGGGGACUACUUCCACUCCAAGCAAUGCUACAAUAUCGACGGCCAUUCGCCCGUUUCCGUCGCUCGGGGUAUGAAACUAUACUAG